AUGAACAGCACAACUAAUGACAGCACAACUCACACCUCAUAUCAUUCGAAAUAUCCCGAUAUGCCCGGUGUGUCGCAGCCACCCAAACUCGGUCUGUUUAGCGUGCAACAGAACCCAGGGCCCCUGCAAGUCUUGACAUGUGAUUAUCUGUUUCUCUGCCGUUUGCCUCGCAUUCUCCAGAGGACUGAGGAAAAGUCUGCCAACUAUACAAGUCUGCAGCAUACAUCCGUCGAUUUGCCUUGUGCCCCCAUCUUAUACCAUCCAAUCUUUUGCCGAUCCUUCCCCUCCCUCAUCAACACCAGCAGAAGCAGCCCGUUUAUCCCCAUUGUCUUGCCCUCCAGCCUCUGCUCCCCCAUCAUGGCGCUCCUCAACCCGCUCUACGCCCUCUUCGCCCCCGUUCUCUUCAUCGUUGCCGUCCCCAUGGCCCUCUUCGCCGGCGUCACCACCACCCUCGCCUUCUCCGUCCUCAUCUGCCGCGGCCUCCUCGUCUACCUCGACCUAGCCCUGACGUACGUCCACCGCGUCCUCAACGGUCUCCAGGUGCCCUCACGUCUGCACCAGGCCGCCGCCAGCAGCGACCCGCCCUCGCCCACGCCCUCGUACCUGGCACUGCGCCAGCACCGCCGCCGCCGACGGCCCAGCUCCGUGAGCAUCCUCUCUGGCGGCACUGCUACCCCCGUCAAUGACGUGGGACUCGGCCUGACUCCCAGCAUUGGCGCCGAGCGCGACUACGAGGGCCUCGGCGGGUGGCGCGUCGGCGACGACGACAUCUGGACCACCAUAAACUCCAGGCUCGAGUUGCCGGACCACCGCCAGCACGCCCGCCACCACCACCGCUCGCCGUCCGCUGGUGGCGCCUCCACGCCCGGCGAGGGCGGCUUCCUCAUGAUGAAACGCCGUACCCGCAGCCCGGAGACCAAGAUCAACAAGGCGCCCGUGUCGGCGGCGCCCGUGUCCCCCAACAGCUCCCGCAUCAGAACCUCCUCCACCUCUCGCGUGGGCUUUGGCCCGUCAUUGACGCAGGAGGGCUAUUUCUCGCUCGUCAUGUCGCCCAAGAUGGCUUCCAGGAUGGCAGCCAAGAAACCGGCGACGCAGCAUUAUUAA